GUCGGGAGAUUCGUUUAUCUACUGGCAGAUUGUCGCGCCGCCAACCGGGACCACGUAGGAGUACAUUGUACUUUUGUCGUUUCUAUUUGACCGUUUUAGCAUCGAAUUGAAGCUCUGAAAUGAUAGGAAAUGAAUGAACACCAGAUGCUUAUUUUUUGCCGGGUCUUCCUGACGAAGAAAUGCACACUGAAGGGCGUUUACCGUGUUUCUUCCAGUGUGUUUUUCCUAACAGGUAGUGAGCCUCAGCGGUCAGUCAGUGUAGCUCUAAAAGGAGACUGAAUAUCCCGCUUUGUAAUCUCUUGACAGCCUUUUUAACCCAUCUUUGGAUCGACGGACGCUUUUAACGGACACCUUACUCUUCCCAGAAACAUGGACAAUGUGUUUGUUUUGUCAUUUCGGAGUAGUUUUCUGAAUUUGUAACGGAUUUCAGCCACUGAUGGACAUGAAGAAGGAGGAUGGUGUGGAUUAGGAUCUUUUUUCCUUUUCCUGUUUUUGUUUAUUUUUUGGCUUCAUCCUCCUCACCUCAAUGUGGUCUCUAAAGGACUUCUUCCUCCUCUGCUGUUUGAAAUGAAAUGAUGGCAGCACGUUGGAGUGAUUCACCACAGGACAAUGAAGAGAGUAAACACAGAGCCAUAACUCCGUCUUGCGAGGCCAAGCAGAAGGAUGGGCGUGAUCAGAGCGAGGCAUCGGCCAUGGCUUCUCCCGGGGCCGAGGAGGAGCCUUUUUCCUGGCCGGGGCCCAAAACGCUUAACCUGCGCCGAACCUCCCAGGGCUUCGGCUUCACACUGCGACACUUCAUCGUCUACCCGCCUGAGUCUGCCGUCCACAACUCUCUAAAGGAUGAAGAGAAUGGCAGCCGAGGGAGACAGCGGAACCGUCUGGAGCCAAUGGACACCAUUUUCGUCAAGCAAGUGAAGGAGGGAGGCCCCGCCCACGGAGCUGGACUCUGUACAGGGGACCGGAUAGUAAAAGUGAAUGGAGAGAGCAUCAUUGGGAAGACCUACUCGCAAGUCAUAGCCUUGAUCCAGAACAGCGAUGCCUCACUGGAACUCUGUGUGAUGCCAAAAGAUGAGGACAUUUUGCAGCUGUUUUCCAGGGAUAUCACUGCUCUGGCAUAUUCCCAGGAUGCAUACCUCAAAGGAAAUGAGGCGUACAGCGGAAAUGCCCAGAACAUCCCCGAGCCCCCUCCCAUAUGCUACCCUCGGAUAGAAGUUAAGUCUGCAGGCAUGGCUCAGGCAUCAGAGCCGGCCACAGUCAGUGAAACCCCCCGAGGGCCAGCUCAGGGACCAGGAAGACGAGGUGGGGCCACAGAAAAGAGCUACCGGGUGGAAAUCCCUGUUCCGCCAUCUCCACCUCCCCAACAGACGUCAAAGUCUCAGACAGUGGUGUGUGUCUGUAAUGAGAAUGUGAGGACAGUGGCCAUGCCUUCUGAUCCAGUUGACAGGGGGUCCCGGGUGGCUCGGGCUGGACCCAGCCACAGGACAGAGGAAAACCGGUACAGUCCCGCAUCAGAGUCCAGCUCAGCUAGACCCAGACCCCUUAUUCCCUCAGUACCUGGGGGUGCACAGUUGCAGUACCCCUCUUCCCGUCCCACAGAAACCCCAGUCUACUCCCCUUCCUCAAGUUCUAGACCUGGCCCCAUCUAUCCUGACACAUCUCCACCUAUACGGGCCCCUCUCAAACCUGCGUCCCCAGACACAUUCUCCACUGCGAUCUCACCCAACGCCAACCACUACUCACCCUAUACCACAGCCCCCUCCACCUCUCCACACCAGAACAUUGACUGGAAAAACUACACCACCUAUAAAGACUAUAUUGAUGCCAAGAGGCUGCAUACGUAUGGCUGCCGCACCAUCCAGGAGCGCUUGGACAGCUUGCGUGCGGCUGCCAAUUCUAGCUCUGCCUAUGCCCAGCAACGUACACUGCCUCCUCCUAGCACCGGUGGGGCACUGGGCUCCCAGAUCAGACAGAGAAGCACCUCCAAUGACCGCGGGGUGGAUGCAAGUAGCCAGGGUACUGCAUUGACUCCAUUACGUAGCGCCUCCCAAGAGCGGCUUGGAGGUGGAACAGAGAGGACAAUAACAAUCAGGAAUUGGCCUCGGAGUGCUUCCGAGGAUGCUUUGCCUUUCUCCACCCCCACAGGAGUCACCAAACCUAGGGCACGGUCUUGUGACUACCUGGGGCAGCACCCUGGAGAGUCAGGUGCUGGGUUGGAGGACAGGCUGCUGCUGUGCCGGGGAGAGGAAGCCAGAGCUAGCAGGCAGGGAGCAGGCCUGAGAGCUUUACCUCAUCUGAACAGGAGUCUCACUGGACAGGAGGAAGAAGGGCGAGGAAGUGGAUUAUCUAACUUGCCUUUAGCUGCUCCUGUGUUUACUAAAGGUACGACGGAUUCUGUACUAACAUCAAGGACAGACAGUCUCAUUAUGAGACCAUCACGUCUGCCUGUCAAAAACUCCAUCUUAGACCCUUCACCUGCCUUAUCCUCCACUAAAACCACAGACCCUCUCAAAGACCAAAGAGCUAACAUCAUGGGCAACCACCUGGGCUACUCCUCCCCUCUGCACCUGCAGCUGAGAAGCAGGGCUGACAGUCUGAAAAUGGAGAGCAGGUCAGAAGCUGGGUUGGCAGCCAGGUCCUCCUCUUGCUCUGGUCCCUCCUCUAAACUGCCCAUGCAGAGACAACUACAAAGUGCAGUUGUUGCCUCUUCUGGUUCCUCCACCACUAAUGGAUCUGUGACCCAAAAGUCAAAAGUCAGAGAAACCUCCAGUUCCACAAAUGCCCUCGUACAGACUGAUGACGGUCUUGCAGAGGGCGUAGAAGGACCAGAUGCAACAGUUGUUGUCUUAAGAAGGGACAAAAACUCCGGUCCUCCUCACAUUCGCCCUCCGUCCUAUGUAUUAGCUGUUAAUGACAAACAGGGAGGAGUGACUCAUAAGUCACCACCAUUGGUGAAGGCAGGCUCUGCAGAUGGGGCUAUGUGCUGGAUGUCUAAUGACAGCUGUAGGGAGAUGCAUCUAAGGAGGCUUGGAGAUAUACGACAAAAGUCUGGCUCCAACAACUUGGAUGACUCCCUGGAUUCAAUCCCCUUCAUAGAUGAACCAUCUAGUCCCAGUAUUGAACAGGACAGCACACACAUUCCUGCCUCUGCUGUGAUAUCUGGAACGCCCAGCAUCACCACCAUCCCACCCAGCCCCACUUCUCCAUCCCCUCUCAUUCGGCGCCAGCUGUCACAUGACCAAGAUUCUCUCCGUCUCACAAUUAUUGAGUCAGAUUCUGGUACUAAAACAGAGCGAUCCAAGUCGUAUGAUGAAGGCCUGGAUAACUACCGGGAAGAAAGUAUAGGGAGGUCCUUAAUACCUGGUCUGAAAAGUCUUAGGAAGGCUGUGGACAGGUCGUCCGAAGAUUCAGGGUCCAGGAGGGAUUCUUCAUCAGACGUCUUCUGUGACGCCACCAAGGAGGGUUUGCUGCAUUUCAAGCAGCUGAACACAGACAAGGGCAAGCGUGUCGGAGGGGGUAUGCGCCCGUGGAAACAAAUGUACGCCGUGUUGAGAGGCCACUACCUCUGCCUAUAUAAAGACAAAAGGGAGGGGCAGGCUCAUGCCAACUGCCAAGCAGUGGACGAGCCCGUGCCAAUCAGCAUCAAGGCCUGUCUGAUUGACAUCUCAUACAGCGACACAAAGCGUAAGAACGUGCUGCGGCUGACCACAUCGGACUGUGAGUACCUGUUCCAGGCUGAGGACCGGGAGGACAUGCUGGCCUGGAUUAGAGUCAUACAGGAGAACAGCAACCUGGAUGAGGAGAACGCGGCCUUCACCAGCCAUGACCUCAUCAGCAGGAAGAUCAAGGAGUACAACACCUUGAUGAGCCCGACAGGCAGCAAGACGGAGCCGUCUCCCAAACCCUCACGCCAGUCGCUAAGCAUCAGACAGACGCUGCUGGGAGGUAAAGGAGAGACCAAAGCAACAAGUCCACACUCACCCAAACCUGAGCCGGAGAGGAAGAACAUGCACAAAGAUGACACUAGCCCUCCCAAGGAUAAAGGGACAUGGAGGAAGGGCAUCCCGGGGCUGAUGAGGAAACCUUUUGAGAAGAAGCCGUCUCCUGGUGUCACAUUUGGAGUGAGGCUGGACGACUGUCCUCCUGCACAGAACAACAAGUUUGUGCCUCUGAUUGUGGAGGUCUGUUGUAAACUGGUGGAAGAGAGAGGGUUGGAGUACACAGGCAUCUACAGAGUCCCAGGAAACAACGCAGCAAUCUCCAACAUGCAGGAGGAGCUCAAUAACAAGGGCAUGAAUGAUAUCGAUAUCCAGGAUGAUAAAUGGAGGGACCUCAAUGUGAUCAGCAGUUUACUCAAGUCCUUCUUCCGGAAACUUCCAGAGCCGUUGUUCACCAAUGAUAGGUACGCAGAUUUUAUAGAGGCCAACAGAACAGAGGACCCAGUGGAGAGGCUCAAAGUGCUCAAGAGGCUGCUUCGUGAGUUGCCAGAUCAUCAUUACGAGACCCUCAAGUUCCUCUCAGCUCAUCUCAAAACUGUGGCUGAAAACUCAGAGAAGAAUAAGAUGGAGCCAAGGAACCUGGCCAUUGUGUUUGGUCCCACUCUGGUGCGUACCACUGAGGACAACAUGACCCAUAUGGUGACACACAUGCCAGACCAGUACAGAAUAGUGGAGGCCCUCAUUCAAAAUUAUGACUGGUUUUUCACUGAAGAGGGAAAUGGAGAUCCAGUGACUGUGUCCCAGGAGGAGAGUGCAGUGGAGUCUCAGCCCGUCCCCAACAUCGACCACCUGCUCACCAACAUCGGCCGUACGGGCACAUCGCAGGGUGAAGUAUCAGAUUCACCGACUAGUGACUCAGCUAAAUCAAAGGGUUCCUGGGGCUCAGGGAAGGACCAGUGCAGUCGAGAGCUCCUGGUCUCCUCAAUCUUUGCUGCAGCCAGCCGCAAAAGAAAGAAGUCAAAGGAGAAGCCGCAGCCUAGCAGCUCAGAUGAUGAUCUGGAUGCUGUGUUCCCAAAAAAGGAAAUCUCUGGCCAGAAGCCAAACCACCACGGCCUCCAGACUGAGGUACAGAGCGAGACUUGCCCUAGCCCCAACGCAAAGCAACCAGUACGAGCAGAGGAGAGGAAAGAGAACGGGAGAACUGUGGAGCUCACGCCUAAAGCCAAGAGAGAGCAUAGAAACUCCUUAUUCCUAAAGGAGAAGACUCCACCCAGGCAUCCCUCACCUUCCCCCUCCCCAUCCCCAAAAAUCUGUAGCUACCAAACAGCCCCUCAGGGGAAAUCCUCCUUAUCGGAUCCCCCAUCCCAGCUUGAUGAAAACACCUCAGACCUCGGGACCAUGAGCUCCGGAGCGUCAGUGCCACGUUCAAGACCGAAAAAGUGGACUGCGGGAGCGUCUGGUGAUCUUCCUGCAGGAGCAUGUGUUGGACUGGGAGCAGGUCCAGGGGCGUCCGCCGGUGCAGAGGUGAGCUCCAUCACCUCAGACUACUCCACCACUUCUUCCAUCACAUUCUUGACUGGAGCAGAGUCCAGUGCACUCAGUCCGGAGCUGCAGGGUGGGGAGGAGGCAGAUGACGAACGCAGUGAGCUCAUUAGCGAGGGACGACCCAUGGAGACAGACAGUGAAAGUGACUUCCCGGUUUUUGCCCCAGGCGGUGGCAGCAGCCAGUCUACACCCUGCCCAGAGCAGACUCUGGGAAAGACUGAACCACGAGGAGGUGGAGCAGCUGAGGUGAGCACCACUCCAAAACUGGAAGCACGGCGCCUUUUCCCGUCACACAGGAUGAUUGAGUGCGACACCCUCUCCAGAAGGUGGUCCCUAAGACAGAAAACAGACAGUGAAUCAUCAGUGGAGGGUGUAGCUGGGAGUGGGGAGCGUAGUGAGGGCAGAGCGGAGUCAUCCACACGGCUCUCUCGAGUCCUGGAUGUGAUGAAGAAAGGGCGGUCCACAAGCAGCCUCAGCUCGUCCUCACGCAGCGAGUCAGAGCGCUCCGAACCAGCCUGGCACCUUAAGAUCACCGAGCGGCUCAAAUUCAGGUUACGCACAUCUGCUGAUGACAUGUUCACCCAGAAGAACCGAACUCCAGACGCUCGCGGGAAGAAGAAGAACAUCCGCCGGAGGCACACCAUGGGCGGGCAGAGAGACUUCGCAGAGCUGGCGGUCAUCAACGACUGGCGGGAGCAGGGCGGGGUGGACCAGGCGGCCGAACUGUCAGCUCUGGACCGCCUAAAGCCCAGAUGUUCCUCUCAGGACUUCUCCAUCCGGGACUGGAUCGCUCGAGAGCGGUGUAGAGGCUCUGAUUCGAGCAUUGAGGUUGCACCCAAAGCCGUCCCUGAGGAUGAUCAUCCAGAAGCCCAGGAUGUAGUUACUGAAAGACCUCCUCCAUCUGCGUCCCCGGUCACACAGCCACUAGCAGGGGAGCACGUUAACGGUAGCGGGCUGCAAGGCAAAAACAAAGCCAGCCUCGGGGCAGACGCUCACCCACACAAACUGUCUGGAGCACAAGUUGUCCGCUCACGGUUCUACCAGUAUCUGUGAAACGGCAAGAGUGGUCUUGUCUAGUGUGUUUGUGAGGAUUAGAAGAAAUACAGAGAAUGAAUGCGUAAAUGUGCGAAUGUGUGUAUUUUAGCGAAGGUUACUGCACAAUAUUUUUUCUACAAAGUAUGCUUUAUGUAUCUACUGUACAUACUGUGUAAAGGCUUACAUGAUUGUUACUGGAAUAAUGCUGAAGAGAUGUUUGUGUGUAAUUCCACUGACCUGUUGGCCAUACUGGAACAGAAGUGGAAAAAGACUCGGACUUCCUCCUGCAAGACUGAACCCUACUAAUGCAAGAAUGUGACUUUGCUGAUGAAAUGUGGUGUUAAUAGGACAUUAAAUGGACUGAUUGUUAUGCAGCACUAAAGGGGUCAACUUUGACUAUUACUGAAGAAUGCAGGAGGAAGCCUAUUUUUAAGGAAUCAUGGUUCAGUUCUUCCUAUUAUAAGCGGUAUGAAGAAUGUAUUACUCUCUUUGGACUAACACUAGUUGCUUGUGACAAUGUUGUCAUUUUCAAAACAACAUGUAUGUGGUUUCUUUUUGCCUGUACUUGAAGUAUGUGGAUGUAACUGAGGGCUGCUUUCUGGGCUGGGUGCUGUGGGAAGUUUGUUUUUCACAGUACAGUCACAACAGCCAGAUAUUAGCUUGAGGGACUGGAGGAUUAUUAUAGUUUUAUUAAAUAAAUACUGAAAAAAAACAGUAAUGAAAUGCUGAUACUAUAGUAUGUAAUGCUUGGUACAGUAGUUUUUAUUUCCACACUUUGUCCAGUUAUGUCCAAAAAGUUUUUACAUGUGUCAAUUGUUUUUAUCUCCAAAAGAAAAAGUGCCUCUUUUUUUUUUUUUUUUUUUUUUUUUUUUUUUUUUUUUUUUUUACAAAACAUGUUUAGGAGAUAAUAACCUCACAGGCAUUCCAGAGAUUUUUUUGUUUUGUUUUGUUUUGUUUUGUGGUCUUUCCUGUUUUUAGUGAAACUCACAGCAACAUCAGAGCGUUCAACUUUAUGUCAUUGUCUGCGUUUCAUUAUACUUUUACUUCAUUUUUCCCCCCUCUGUAUUUUUCAAGUGCAGUAAAAUGCAUGGGCGCUUAAAACCUGGGAGAAAAACAACAACAAAAGGCAUCUUUAAAACUGCAUGAGACAAUGUUUUCUGAACAGUGAACAUCUCGCCUAUGUACAGCAAAACAUGGGCACAAUGCCCUCCCUCAACAAACACUGGAAAUAAAUAACCUUUAUUAGA